AUGACCUAUCCUUUUGAUGAUUCUACAAUAUAUUGGCCUAAUGCUAAAUAUUUUGAAUUUACUGAAAGGAAUCAAAGUUUUCAAAAUGACGGAUCUUGGUAUGCGGCUAAUAAUUUCGCUGCUGCUGAACAUGGCGGUACCCACAUUGAUGCUCCAUAUCAUUUUCAAACUAAUGGGAAACAAGUCGGAGAAAUACCAUUAGAUAAACUAAUACUCCCACUUAUAAUAAUAGACAUCAGUAGUAAAGUGAAUGAUGACCCUAACUUUGUAUUAUACAAACAUCACUUGGAUUUCAUGUUAAAUGAUAAUUUUGGAAAGCCUUGCAUUAUCAUUUUUAAAUUUGGAUGGAGCAAGUUUACUAAUGACAGAGUAAAAUAUUUGGGAAUAGAUAAAAACAACAAAUUAAAUUUUCCAGGGUUAAGUGAGGAAGUAGCGGAAUGGAUCACGUCAUCAUACAAAAACGUUGUAGGUGUAGGUGUGGAUACGUCUUCACUAGACCCAGGUUCUAGUACAAAUUUCCCGGUCCACAAAAUAUUAUCUAAAGCAGGCUUGUACAAUUUAGAGAACGUGAAAUUGGAUAUACAUGUGCCUGAGCAUGACUGUACUGCGCUGGUGAUGCCGAUGAAAAUAGCACAGGGCACUGGAGCUCCUCUUCGAUUAGUGGCUAUUUGUCCAACUCCAAAUAAUCCAGCAAAUUUU